ACAAAGGCGCGUGCGAUCGAUUCCCUUUAUAAUGGCAAACAUGAUUAUGUUUCGAUGGUAAACAAGCGCACACGGAGAACAGUUAUCGCGAAAUAACCCGCUACAGCAUCACGGCGUCGCCCCCUGGAAUUUAAGAGCUUGAAAGAAUGACAAGAGAGCACUUUCCUUUCACGGCUAUUGAAACAAAAUAAGAGUGUUAGCGCUUUACGACAGCACGAUUUCGUGCGAGAGAUAAUGUAUUUUUUAAGUGAAUGAUGCCAAAUUUUGUAAAGCAUUCAAGUCUUCGACACGAAAGUAGAUUUAUCUUACUGCGGAAGUCGAUGUUGUUAUUCUGAAAUUAAUUAUAGGCAGAGUAUUUUAAUAGCUACCUCGAUCCCAUCCCGGUCCAAUCACAGCAUAGGCAUCUCGUAAGGUGGUCUAUCCAGGAUAGGGGCGUUAACUUAAAAGGGCAACUCAGCAAAAAAAACCUUUGUCCGCUUGAGCUUCCAAAUCUUGUAGUUCACAGCUCGACGCAGAGAAAUCUAGCGUGAUAAAUCAGCCUGUACGCAGUGAAAGUUCCAAGCAGGAAAGCGAAAGCCGUUUAGAAAAGCUUGAUCUGAGUUGUUAUUCGGAAAUAACUCAUCGCACGAAACUGCAAGACUCGAAAAAUGUUAUCUAAGAAGAUGCGAGUUUCGUCAGAAGAUCGAUUCUUCGAACGCGGCCAAGGCUCUUCGAGGGUGCCGAAGGAACGACAGCGUUUUACACCGUGGUUAGAGGAGCAGAUCAACCGAGGAGGUAUUGAUGGCUUGGAGUGGAUCGACAGAGAGAAAGGACUGUUCAAAGUUCCCUGGGUGCGGGUGGAUAAACCAGAGUUCGUCCUCGAAACUCAUGCGGAGCUCUUUAAACGCUGGGCACAACACACCGGAAAAUACCGGCAAGGCGACCAACCCGAUCCCUCCACAUGGAAGACCAGGUUUCGCUGUGCUCUUCGGAAGAUGCAAGAAAUCGUCGAAGUCAAGGAGCUGGGAAGCUUAGAAGGAAGCAAACCGUACAGAGCGUUCAGGUUCAAGCCGAAACUGAAAGAACGCAAUGCUUCCUUUAAACGUCCACCUGCCAAAGUAAACAUGAGAAGAAGGUCAUCAAUGGAGUCACUAGAGUCAAACAACUCCACUAGUGCCGAACCCGCUGCAAUGGGCGUGUUUCGUGGCCCAAUGGAUCCAUGGGGAAUGGUGGGUGGCAUGCUGAAUGCAAAGUAUUACGAUCCAUGCAGCUGGGACAACUAUCCUCCUGACGGGUUUCAAAGCCAGUAUGGGUAUGGACUGAGUGAUCAGGAAGCAAACUGUUUUGAUUUACACAGAAACAUGCGGCCUAGCUGUCUUUUGCAAGAAGGAUUCAAUGGGGCUAUGUUUAAUGAGUACAUCGCACAGCUGGUAGACUUGCGUGAUUUGGUUGAACCGGUAUUGCCAGAUGACUGGGACAAGUAUUUUCCUGAUGGUGUUCAAAGCCAGUAUUGUAUGUCCUUAUCCCAGGAUCACGCCACGGAAUGAGGGAUCAGGAACCUAACUACUUUGGUCUGCUCAUGGCGAUAUGACAAAUUACUCAAUCAGCUUAUAUCAGCCGAUUUAUUAGUUCCUACUCAACAAUAGUUUUAGAUUAUGUUCGUGUACUUUUACUUCAGUAGUGAAACAAGAAAUUAACCCCCUCGGGACCACGCUGUUUUGCUGGUCUCGUUUUCUGGAAGCGAUUAUGGGAAAGGGGUGGGGUUAGGCGAGUGAGAAGGUGCAGAGGGAUUUAAACUCCAAAAGAUGUGAAGUUCGGAUUCAAAAUUUAUAAAAUUACUCUCCAAUAAACAAAAAUUGAAAAUUGGCAAUAAACAUAGAAAGAAGAAGUGAACAAGGGCUAGUAACACCCGACGAAAAUCCAAAAUUAGUUAAACCGUGGUUUUGAAGAAAUACCAGGUCAUGUUAGUAGGGCUUCUGAAUGAAUUCUGACAAAAAUGUUGAUAAUUUGUAAACGGUCUGGGCGCAUAUACUUUCUGAUUCACCUCCCCUCACUGACCCCGUAUUAAUUCCUUGCUGAACCCCAAAAAGCACAUUACUUUUACAAUCACGGUUGUAGUUCUCGUACAUGUUCAGUGUAGUUUGUCUUGAGCGCCAGUUAAUUGUGAAUCCUUAAUCCUCAAUGCUGCAUUUCAUUGUUACGCCAUCGUCGAAACUACUUUUACAUUGUAAAAGAACUUAACAAUUUGAAAUGUUAUAGAAAAUUAAUCAAUAUUAAUCAAUAUCAACAAGAUAACGGGAUAUAUCUGUAUAUAUAUUAGAUUUAUAUGUUUGUUAAAAGACGUUAGUUUUGUUAGAAUAAAAAAAGAAAGACGUUAGCGCUCUUUCCAGUGAUAAAAUAAAGUUAAUUUAAAAUCG